AAAUAACUACCCCUGUUCCAGUCCCGCCAUCUUUCGACGAAUCACGAUUAAACGAGCUUAAACAAUCUCUUAUUUUUCAUUUCAUUAACUCUGGUAUCGAGAUUAAAUUUGUUCUUAUUAAAAGCGAUCUUACAUAGUACUAGAUCUCGUCUGUCUUCUAAGAUUUCGUUUCGUUCAUUUAAAAAACUAUAUAAUUAUAAGGAACAUAGAGUCCUUUUAAUAUAUUUGACUUCUGUAUAAAAUAUUAAUUGUGGGACACAAGUAUUUAUCGUUGGUCGUGUACGAGAGAACGUGAACGGGGUUCUAUCGGGAACGAAGCAAGGGUGAGAGAAGAGGAGAGCGUCGCGGAUUGGGCGGGGCAGAGGAUGCGUGGUCCGCUGUAACCCGGCCACAUCCAGUCUGCCGCCGACUGCGUAGUUGCGCAGUAUCGUCAACGAGGGGUCGUGUGUCCCGAUCCAGGAGAGGAUAUAAACGGUAUGCCGGUGCACCUGCCAGCCUGACUCCGUCUCCGGUCCUUCCCUGGAACCGUCGGUCUCUCCCUCGCCUCGGCAACCCAGGGUCGUUGCACCCUGUGCUCCAGCGUGGCUCGCGGUCCCUUCGAAACUCUCUCCUGCUCGGGUCAACCACGUUGCCGCGGCGCCGAUCGAAUUUCCAGCGAGUCGGCCGAUCCUUCUUCCGCACUCACUAGUCGGUCGAAACGGACUGGAACAGAAAAAAGAGGACUACGGAUGGAGAGGGACGAAGCGAUCGUUUGACCUGAGAGAUCGAACAGCAUCCAGCCGAGAGGAAGCGAUAGAAAUUCGAGGAAGAAAUGGCUACGCCGCCGGACUCUCCAGGACCGGAAGAGGCCCUCUUCGAUUUCGAGAGUUCGCGGACCAGGCAACCGACCACCAGGCCAGUCGCGCUCGAGGAACUGUUGAGACAGACCAAAUUCUCCAGGCAGGAGAUUCGCGUGAUGUACCGAGGAUUCAAACAAGAAUGUCCCGAGGGCGUAGUGCACGAGGACCUGUUCAAGGAUAUCUACGCCAAGUUCUUUCCUCACGGCAAUUCCAGUCUUUAUGCCCAUUACGUGUUCAAAGCUUUCGACGUUAACUGCAAUGGCGCUAUGAACUUUAGGGAUCUCCUAGUUAUUUUAUCGACCCUGUUACGAGGCAGUAUCUACGAGAAGCUACGGUGGAUUUUCAAGCUAUACGACAUAAACGGCGACGGUUGCAUCACCAGGGGCGAGUUAUGGGAAGUGGUGAUUGCCGUUCACGAGCUUAUGGGUCGCCGGCAUCACGCCGAGGAAGAAAGGAAAGCUAGGGAGCAGCUGGAUAGGGUGUUCAAGAAGUUCGACCUAAACCAGGAUGGCAUAAUAACCAUCGAGGAAUUUAUGGAAAGCUGUCUUAGGGAUGACGUGACCACACGGUCGCUGGCAAAGUUCGAUUACGCGUUUUGAUCUCCGGAGAAGGAAGAGCCUCCGGUGAUAACCACGACGACGCCGCCAACAUCGCUCUCAACCACAACCACCUUCUCGCAAUCCCAGUCGCCUUCGCCGCCGCCGCCGUCCUACUCUCUGCUGCCACCCAUCCCACCGCCUUUGCCUUCUCAACCGCCCCCGGGUUACACCGUACAGGAUCAGGAACUCUACAUGCUCUUGGCGGCGCACUGGUGGAACCAGCCCGAGGCUCCGCUAUUUUGUUGAAGGAUGAAGCGAUUCACCAACUUGCAAAGCAGGGAGUUUCAACUUCUAAAGAAUGUUAAAAAAGUAAAAAAAAAAAAAUGUUAAUCCCUAAUAAUCUUGCGAGUCAAGAGAUCCAAUCGUGCUCGCUGGGUCGAACGAGCUGCGUUUCUUCUUGCGGAAGAAUUAUUUAAGUGAAUCCGUUCAGAAUUAUUAUAAGUUGAAUGCGCUCUCCCUUUUUCGGGGUGAAAGAGAAUCGUCAAUUGUGGAAUCGUAAGUCGAAACCUAUCAGAGAAAAUUAUAUCGACUCGGGAAGUUAUUAAAUAUAAACGCCGGACGUUAAAUACGAAAAUGAAUAUUUAACGUUCCGUCAUGUUGUUUUAUUUGCGUGCCAAAUUCUGAUGAAACAGAACGUCUAUGUGUCCAGUGUGACUGCGUAUAAAUGAUUUAGUUCACGGAAAGAGCGUCGAAACGUUUAGUUUGUCUGCGAUGGUUCAUCGGAGCCUUAGAGUUACGAAGAAAAUUUGAUUUUCUUUCGAGACAAUCGCACAGGUGUUACGAAGUACGGUAUACGAAAAGAGCGUGAACCGGAAGCAGCAGGACGAUAUUCUGUCAUCUUUCUGUCGUAUCAAAUAUCCUCUGAACACGAUAUAAAAUUCCUAGGAAAAAACGAAUCCAAUGAAUAUCCGAUUACGUAGGGUGUAACAAUUUUUCCAAAAUCGUUUGUAGAAUUAAUACCGUAGUCGUAAGCGAUGAUCGAGAAUUUUUUAACGUCGAUCGUCACGAGAACUAGAUGGCGAGUACACGGUUUUCACAGUCAAGUAGAUUAAGACCGUAGCCUCGUUUAAGUAAAAAGGUUUCCAAGAUCGUUCAUUAAGAUUGAACGUCGAAUCGCAAUAACUAUUCGAAUAAUUGAGCGAACCCGAUAAGAGAGAUAUCGACAAAAAAAACAAAAAAAAAAAUGAAUAAAGACGAAUCCGCGACGUUGACGACUUUAUCGUCCAUCGAACACGUCCGCGUUACCUGAUAGUCGACAUAGACUUUAGGCAGCUUGAGUCGGUCUUAGGAUUGCCAAUUUUCUAGCAACACACAGCCAGUUUUAUCGUUAUACAACAUAUACCGUGUGUGUCUUUUCAAGCUAAAGAGUCAUUUGGAAUUUUGCACCUGCACGCGUUUGUAUCGAACCCGUUUUACAGGAGCUUCAGUGGAACGAGACAUAAGAUUUUUCUCAAACGACGUUCGAACGUUUUUCCACUGGUUUGUAACCGUUCACGUUUAACGAGGAAUCAUACUGACUAGAGUAACGAUAGAUCGAUUUUUCUUACAUUCGUUGAAUUCCACGAUGUACCUGUAGUUAUACGCCAAUUCGAAUCACUGUUGAUUGUUACUCAUUGACCAGAACGAUUUAGACGAUUUUAGCCAAUAUUAUACAUAGAACACGUACACGUCUUUCUUUGAAUAUUUACAUUAGCGAUUAGGCGAAAGUUAGAAUUAAGAACCGUUUGUUAACCGUUGUUGUCUCUUUGUAGCACUCUCGCACUAUUACUCGUUAAAUCGAUCAACUCCUUCGCUACACCCAAGGUGUUUUAACAGGAGCCGUACUCGCGUACGUAGGUUGCUAUCGCGUAUCUAUGGCAACAUUUAUUACGAAUAACGAUAGUUAAUUCGCGCUCAGAUGGAACCUGCAAACCGUUCGGAUAUUUCUAUCCUGCUACUUCUGAAUUUCAUCGAGAAUUCUCACCGUGCAAUUAUUUUAUUUCGAACAAAUUCACUUCUGUCGAAGCAUAAGGAUCGGUGAUUUGGUUCUCUUCUAUUGCUCGCAACGGAUUGAAAGCAUGGUACAAUCAAGUUCAUUGUUCCUAAAACAAAAGUGUUCACGACGAACUAACGAAAUUUCGACCAUCGUGAACAUUAAUCAAAGGCAACUUGUCAUUGCGUUUUCUGAUUGAUCGCGUCAGUUCUGUCGGAGAACAAAUCUCUGACAGACUCGGAACGAUGUUUCUGGUUGUUCGAACGUUUCUUUUCAAGGAUCGAUUGAAAUCUUUCCGACGACAGUAUAUGCCGCGUUUAAUGUUAAACGAUUUUUACAUAUUUUGUAAGAAAAUCAAAAGAAGGAAAACAACGAAUGUUACAAUUAAACCACAAGAGAGAAACAAAUUUUCUACAUAGUACAACUGGAGACGUUCUUAAAUCUCCGGUACUGGUAAAACCGUAUCGGACACGAUUCUCUGAACGUAAAACUUCAGAGAUCGAUCCGACAUUCUAUGACGACACUGAUUUAACACACGUAUGUUUCACAAUGAUUUUAGCGUUACGACAAAAAGAGACGAUAUCAUUUCGAUCGGUUCCACGUAGAUAUAGUCGAUUCGUUAGUGAUCUAGAUCGUUACAUAUCGCUUAUCGAUAAUUUCAAUGAAAUCGGGACAACCGUUCAAACUCGAGAUGCAUAGAUCAAUGUUCCCGUUCGUUUAAGGAAUCAAAUUCUAAGAAGUAUUAUUAGGUCGUAUAAUAUUAGUAGGCCAUAUCGGAUGUUCCGAGGUCUACACGAAUUAACGUUUCUCCGUAUGAUUUCCAGGUUUAUCGCUGUGCACAAUUCGGAACGUCCCGUACGGGCCGAAAAUAGUUCUAGUCAAUUCAUCCUUAGCGGUAACGUAGCUAAUUAAUCUUACGAAAUAUUAGGAUUCGUCUUGUUGAACUUUAAGAGCAGAGUCUCCAGCUGGCACAUUUGGUUUGAUCGUUAGUUCUGUCAUCGGUCGAUAGUCUCUGAUCAACGGUCACUGAUUUGCUUAAUUCAACCUAACGAGCGUCUUUACGUAGAUCAUUAAGAUUCAAGCUUAUCGCGUCGGUUAAUUAAUGUAAAAUGACUAAUGAAUCAAAAUCAGUUGUUAUAUCGUCUAGCGCGUACGAGAUACAUUAUAAUUGAUAGAGUAAUACGAUGAUUCUCUAGUUAAGCUUCGGGGCAGUUUUUUACAAAGAGACCUUUACGAUUAAACGUUGGAUAGAGAAUCCGAUUAGCGAAACAGUCUGUAGACGUACUUAGACGCUCUUCAAAUUCAACUGUACGUACGUUUGUUAAUUAUCGUACUGCCAGUCUUUUCGUAGGAUUCUAACAAGCGUAUGUUAUUAUGUAUGUCGAUUAAAGAAGACGGAACAUCUUUGCGCGCGCGGUAUUUAGCUCAUUCAUCAUACCGUCGUCUUUUACCCAGUCGUUUUUCGAAUAUUCCUAGCGCCCAUACUCCCUCCCGGGUCCUUCGUUUCUUAGAUUCAGAGAUUUAAUUAGAAACGAGUGAACGACGAUCGAAGUGAAAGCUCGCCGACGACGUGUGGAAAAUUGGUAUCUUGUCCGAUGUACUUAUACGAAUUGUAAAUGCAUGAGAAUAAAGGGAGAUGGUCGUUA